AGGUUAGAUAGCUUUUGAUUUGGCCUCCCUUGCCCUGGCCUCUAAUGACGGACAGAGGCAAACGGCCUGCGGAUUCGAAGGACUCGCCCCUGCCACUGCCACGCAAUGAGAAGGGCGGCAUCCUCAUCACAGAGGACGAGCUGAAGGUCGCCUGGGAGUUCUUUGACACCAACGGAAAGGGAAAGCUCACCAUGUCCGAAAUCAAGCGGCGCCUGCAGACCUUUUACAAGGACAUCACAACCAGAGAGGUGAAGUUUUUGCUGAACAACCAGCCAGAGAUCAGCUUUGAUGAGCUGUACGCUUUGCUCAAGGACAAUCAGCUGACGAACUUCGACCCAGUGAAGGAAGCCUUCAAGGUCUACGAUCCCAACAACACGGGCUUUGUGGACAUGGACAUCGUGAAAAGUUUUUUCAAGGAGCUGGGAUACGGGGAGAUUUCCGACGAGGAUGCCAAAAUCAUCCUGGAGACUGCCGACGGAGACAAGGACCAGAGGAUCGGGCUGGAGGAUUUCCGCAUGAUGGUGCCCUUCGGUCAGCCUGACGCGUCGGGCAGCUCCGCGGAUUAGGCGCGCUUUGGAAUCUGCACCGCAUGACUAGUGGCAUGGAGCCAUUCACUUCAUCGUUUGCAAUCGCAGGCCCAGCAUCUUCCUUGCAGUAAUUACCUAGUGAACACGAGUUGCUUGGUCGCAUAAAGGACCAAACUCACAGUUGUUUGCUUGCUAGCACUCAUGGGAGUCGGCGUCACAUGCAUGUCCAGGGUGAUGCUGCAACCCUGCCGUGCUAGUGUUAGCAUUGUUUGUAGCUCUUGUUCACGGUAUCGCGCUGACAUCGUGACUUUUGCCGUGCC